CAAUAAAAAUUAAAAGAAAAUAAAUAAAUAUAAAUCGGGCCCGGAAAGUCAAGAGGGCUGACACUGAGAAUGGGGUGCCCCCUCUUCUCUUCUCUCCUCUCCUUCUCUGGACUGGACCGGACUGCGUUGUUGCUCAUCUCCUUCUUGUUUUUAUUACUACUAUUAUUAACCUUGGACCAUCAACUAUGUAUAAAAAGAUGAACAACAAACAACAACGCAAUAAUAAUAAUAAUAAUAAUAAUAAUAAUAAUAAUAAUAAUAAUAAUAAUAAUAAUAUUAGUAAUAAUGAUGGAGGAUCAAUCGACGAAGGCGACAGCAGCGGAUGGUCUGGACUUGGACUUGGACUUGGAGGUGUCCAUCAGCGACUGCUCCCUCAUAUAUCCUUCUUCUUCUUCUUCUUCUUCUUUCUCUUCCGACUCGACCUUCUUCCUCAACCGCAUAGACGGAGCCCUCAGCUUCAUCACCCUCCGCACCCUCCACUUCUUCUUACCCCCCGAUCAUCAUCAUCGUCAUCGUCAUCAUCCCGACGCCGUCUCAGCCCGCCUCCGGACCGCGCUCCAGAGGCUCCUCGACCACCCCGCCUACCGCUUCCUCUCCGGGAGGCUCACCACCGACCCCCUCACCGACCGCCUCGAGAUCGACUGCAACGGGGCUGGGGUCGGCUUCGUCCAAGCCUCCUCCCGCCUCCCGCUCCGCCGCGUCCCCGACUUCGUCUCCCCCAACCCCUCCUUCACCCAGCUCGUCGCCGACCCCGCCGAAGCCUUCGACGACGACCCGCUUCUCCUCAUCCAGGUCACGUCAUUCAGCUGCGGCGGCUUCGUCAUGGGCCUGGCCUGGAGCCACGCUCUGUUCGACGGCGCCGGGGUCAAGAUCUUCCUCGACAACCUGGCCUCCCAGGCUUUCGACGACGGCAGGCCGAUACCCCGGCUCCCGUGCAACGACCGCACCCUCCUCAACCCCCGCUCGCCGCCGCAGGUCCCCUUCCCCCACCCGGAGCUCAAGCGCAUAACCGGGGAGGAGGACGACCUCAUCCACUCCGUCUUCAACCUGAGGACCGACUACAUCAACGCCACCCUCACCCUCAGCUCCGGCGACAUUGAGCUGCUGAGGGAGCAGGCCCGCCGGAGCAGCCGCACCGGGCGCGUCACCAGGUUCAACGUCGUCGCGGCGCUCGUCUGGCGGUGCAAGGCGCUGUCCAGAGACCAGACCGGCAGCAGCGAUCGGGACCGGGAGUCGAUGCUGCUGUACUCGGUGGACAUCAGGUCGCGGCUGACCCCCCCGCUGCCGGAGAACUACUGCGGGAACGCGGUGGUGUACGCGUACGCGGCGGCCACGUGCCGGGAGCUGGAGGAGGGCCCGCUGGGGAGGAUCGUGGACCGGGUGUACGAGGGGCUUGAGAGGAUGACGGACGAGUACGCGAGGUCGUUCAUCGACUGGACGGAGAAGCACUGCAGGCAGGGGUACGCCGACGGGGAGCUCAUGAUCUCGUCCUGGUGGAGGUUGGGGCUCGAGAAGGUGGACUACCCCUGGGGGAGGCCCAGCUACAGCGGGCCCUUCGUGGGCGGCGGGGUGGAUGUCGUGCUGCCCACCCCGGAGGUCGACGGCGGAGGCGGAGUCAACCUCUGCAUCUCCGCCACUCCCAAAGAGAUGGACAAGUUUCGGUCCCUCUUCCGCCGCCACUUGAUUUAG